AUGGCAACCUACGGCGACCCUCCACCACCACCCCCAGCCCUCCCCUCGACAUCCAAACGCCUCAAAAAGACACCUCAAGAAAUCCUCUCCGACUUCUGGUCAAAAUUCCACUCCAGGCACCCGGGCAAGGUAACCUCCAUCUUCCCCCGCGCCCUCUACGCAUCUCUCCUCCCGGCCUUUCAACCAAAAGGCCACGCCUCAACCCGCAACGCCCAGGAGUCCUACGAAGCAGCCGCCAAGGAAUGCCGCGAGAAGGUCGCCCGCAUCGUCCGCGAGUGCGAGCGCACAAACGAGAAGUUCACAGACCCGGACUUCGACAUCGAGCGCGACCCCGAGUCCAACUGCCUUAACGGCCUCGUCCGCGACGGCCCCGGCAUCGGCGACGUCGGAGACAGUGGCCCGAACGUCAGCAGCUGGGAUGUUAAAAAUUCCCUGGACACCCUGACUGCCGCACAGGUCCUCGGCCCCAACUCCACCAUCCCGAUCGACCCCUCCGCCGUCUCCCGCCUCCUCGGCUCCGGCGACACGUGGAGCCCCUUCGGCAACUUCGCCUCCGGUAAGACCUCCGGCAAAACCAAGAACAAGUCCCCGCCCGCAUCGGGCAAGUUCGGGCUCAAGGGCUGCGAGUGGUACAACCCGGGCUCCAUCCACCGCGUGGACUGGAUCUUCGACUCCCCGCAGUUCACCGUCAACGGCUACUCCUCCUCCGACAUCAAGCAGGGCGCCAACGGCGACUGCUGGUGGCUCGCCGCCGUCGCCACCAUCGCGCACCGCCGCGACCUCAUGAACAAGGUCUGCGUCGCCCGCGACGAGGACUGCGGCGUCUACGGCUUCGUCUUCCAGCGCGACGGCGACUGGGUCUCCGCCGUCGUCGACGACAACCUCUACCUCCGCGAGACCGACUUCGACUACUACGCCGACGUCUACGACGCCUCCGGCAAGAAGGCCCGCCAGCACCGCCGCCGCAACCAGACCGGCUCCGACGCCCUCUACUUCGCCCGCUGCGAGGACCAGAACGAGACCUGGCUGCCCCUCCUCGAGAAGGCCUACGCCAAGGUCCACGGCGACUACGAGGCCAUCUCGGGCGGCUGGCCCGGCGAGGCCGUCGAGGACAUGACGGGCGGCGUCACCUCCACCAUCGCGACCAACCGCGUCCUCCGCAAGGACAAGCUCUGGAAGGAGCUCGUCAACUCGGACGGCGAGUUCGUCUUCGCCCUCGCGGCCAUGGGCACCGGCUGGGACUGGCAGAAGUCCGGCCUCGCCCUCGGCCACGCCUACUCCAUCCUGCAGUCCCGCGAGGAGGUCGACGAGGACGGCAAGAAGAUCCGGCUCGUGCAGAUCCGCAACCCGUGGGGCGAGCGCUCCGACAGCGGCCUGGGCGAGUGGAACGGCCCCUGGUCCGACGGGUCCAAGGAGUGGACGCCGUACUGGCUCAAGAAGCUUUCGCACACCUUUGGCGACGACGGCGUCUUCUGGAUGUCGUACGACGACAUGCUCUCCACCUUCAUGUACAUCCACCGCACGCGCCUCUUCGACGAGAAGUGGACCGUCGUGCAGCGCUGGGCCUCGGCCAACGUGUCGUGGGUGACGGGCUACCUGCGCACCAAGUUCGUCGUCGAGGUCAAGAAGGCCGGCAUGGUCGUCCUGGUCCUCACGCAGCUCGACGACCGGUACUUCCGCGGCUUCGAGGGCCAGUACUACUUCGAGCUGCACUUCGUCCUGCAAAAGGUCCUCGCCGACGGCAGCACCGAGCCGGCGGAGCAGAUCUGCCGGGUCCGCCCCGUGCACAAGUGGGAGAACCGCUCCGUCAGCUGCGAGGUCUCGCUGGAGCCCGGGACGUACGAGGUGCUUCCCAAGGUCACCGCCACGCGGCACUACGCCGGGGACGCGGCCAAGCCCGUCGAGGACGUGGUGCGGGAGUACGCGGAGCGCAACCCGCAGAAGCUGCGGCAGGUGGGACUCCAGUACGACAUCGCGCACGCCAAGGGCGGGGUGCCCGACGAGGACGAGAUCCUCGAGAAGAAGAAGGCGGACGCCAAGAAGAAGAAGCAGGCCAAGAAGGACAAGAAGAAGAGGAAGCAGAAGAAGGCGCUGGCGGUCGUGGCCAAGACGCUCGAAGAGACUGCUAAGGUGAUCUCCGAGGCUGCGGGCGGGGGUGACAAGAAGGGUGAGAAGAAGGAGACGAGCAAGGGUGAGAAGAAGGAGGAAGCUAAGGAGAAGGAGAAGGAGAAGGAGAAGGAUGGCGACUGGACUGAGGUCAAGGACUCUGACAAGGAGUCCACCAGCAGCACCGGGUUGAAGUCGCCGCCUCCUGAGGGCAAGCCUGCCGGGGCAUCUACCGGUGCCAAGCCCGGCGAUGCUCCUGCCCCUGAGCCCAAGAAGGAUGAGGAGAAGAAGGAAGAGAAGAAAGACGAAAAGAAAGAAGAGAAGAAGGAGGAGAAGAAAGAGGAAGACAAAAAGGACGACGCCCCCGCUGAGGAGACCAAGGUCGAAGACGCCGAAGUCCAGACAGAGGACGCAGCGCCAGCCGAGGAGCCGGCCGCCGCCGACGAAGAAGAGGAAGAGGCGGACGAGGAUUCCGACUCGGACGCCGAGUCCGUCGUCUCCGAAGCCGGCGACGAGCUGCCGGGCCCGGCCUGGAACGCCGUCUGCGUGCUCGGUCUGCGCGUGUACGCCCAGGACUCUGACGUGUCGAUCGAGCUCGUCAAGCCCAGCGACGCCGAGGAGGCUUCGGCCUUGACUGUCGAGGGCGAGCCGGCUGGGGCGACGCAGUAG